ACCGCAGACCGUCAGCGAAUGAAAACAAACAGUCCAAACAACGAGGAUGGCUCUUUCGGCGUGGAGCAAAUAUUCGGCACUGAACAAAAUUACCACCAAUAUUCUGCGAAACUUUUCGCUCUCCUCCGUUAACCAGCUAAAAGAAAUCAAAGAGGUUACCGCUAACGAUACGCUCGUGAUCAAAGGAGAGUAUGUUCCGUCGCCCCGGCAAGACUCACUGAUUCCGCAGCUGCUUGAGGCGCGCCAGAAGGGCGAACGGUUCUGUCCACAGUGCACGCUCGGGCUCGAGAUUAAGCACACCGACGUGCUCAUCCUCAGCCAGUACGUGCGCUCCGAUGGAUGCAUGUUGCCGCGCCGCAUUACGGGAUUAUGUAAGCGACAGCAGCGGCGCAUGGGCGCGCUGGUAACGAUGGCACAGAAGGCCGGCCUAAUGCCGAACCUGAAUCCGGCGACCAGCAAGCGUGAUCCCAAGCAGCGAUACCAAUGGAAAAAGUACAACAAGUAUUUCGACGAGCAAACGAUUAAAUGUUAAUCCCGCUUUCCCCGCCCUGAACGAAGGAUAAAGCGUAGCGCAUUUGUUUUGAAACACUCUAAUCGCGGAAUGU